CUUGUCUUGCACUCCAAAAGGCUGCUUGUGCCUCCAGACCUUAAAGCACAUACAUAGAGAGAGAGAGAGAGAGAGAGAGAGAGACAUAGAUAUAGAGAGAGAGAGAGACACUUCUAGGUUUUGAAAACUCCCAAACCCCCCAUCUCUCUCUUUUGCAUUUUCAUUCAACUCUGCUACUGAAAUGUUGAAGAUGGUGUGCCUAUUUCAUCUUCUCUAUUUCUCUGUGUUGAUGGGUCUUACUGGGGCAAAUCAAGAACCAGUUGAAAUUUUGACCCUCCAUGACUCAUCUCCAAUGGUGCUUCAAGGUUUGUCUCAUACAGGUAUUCCUGUGGCUAUUUCUGUGGGUAAUGAACAUUUGAAUGAGGUUUCAAGCACUGUUAUUAUGGCUGAAAAUUGGAUUAGGACCCAUAUCUUAGCUUACUACCCAGCCACCAAAAUCAACACCAUUGUUGUGGGACACCAUGUCCUCUGUGACAAAAACCAAGAACAAAAUAUGGGUUUGGUUUUACCAUCUAUGAAAAACAUUUAUUACACCCUCACUCGGUGGGGUUUGGAGAGAGAAAUCAAAGUUUCUGCUUCUUUCUCUUCCAAUUGCUUACACUCAUCAUCUGUUUUGUAUGUCAAACCUGUACUGAACUUUUUGGAAGACAUUAAUUCAACUUAUUUAGUGAACCCACCACCAAAUCUGUCUAUUCAAUCAGAUGAAACCAUGAGAUUGGUGUUUUCUCACUCAGAAUCCAUGAAAAAACUUGGGGUUUUGAACCUAAACAAGAUCAAUUUAAUCAUCAAUAGCCCAGAAGAAAGAAAACCCAUGACUAGAAAGCUCUCAUUCAUAGAUCCAUUCCCAACAAGACCAACCCCAUUAGCCCCAGUAAGCACUCCCAUUGGUUACUCUGUCCCUUCCAAUGUGGCCAUAAGCCCUCUUCCUCCACUGGUUGGCACGCUUUCGCCCCUUUCACCGCCACCGUUAUCGCUUCCUACCGCCCCGGGACUACCUCCUCCAUUUAUCGGCCCGGCAAGCCCGCCUUUUGGGUUCAAUUUGCCGCCGUGUAAUCCGACCAAUCCUGGUUUCGCUGCGCCGCCAGAGACAGGGGUAAUGCAGGGGUUGUGGUGUGUGGCGAAGCCUAGCGUGCCGGCAGAGACAUUGCAGGAGGCAAUGGACUAUGCUUGCGGUGAGGGUGGUGCCGAUUGUGAAGCCAUUGGCUCACUGGGGAGUUGUUUCUAUCCUGAUACUGUUGUGGCCCAUGCUUCUUAUGCUUUCAAUAGUUAUUGGCAGAAGAGCAAGAAAAAUGGUGGGACUUGUAGUUUUGGAGGGACUGCUAUGAUUAUAAAUGCUGACCCAAGUUUUCAGCACUGUCGGUUCAUUCUUAGCUAGUGAAAUGACAUGAAUGGAUGCGACGAUGAUAGUGACUCUUGGGCUUGUUUUGCUACAUCUAGAGGCUAGAGCUGGGAUUUUUAUUCCAAGGUGAAUUUGUUUUGGUACUACCUUUCUAUUUGUCAGUGAUUAGAUGAAGUAGUUACUGUGUAGAAAUCUAGAAGUUUAACUUAUUUCUUAGCAGUAUGUGGAGUAAUAAGCAUAAACUUAGCUAUUCUUUUGACUUGUAUGGUAGAUAUAUGUGGUUAUAUUCCUUUCUGCCUGUAAAAAACUUCUCUCUCAGGCUCUCAGCUCAGUGUUACAAGUAUUGUUUUCUUUGCUUUUAUAUAAAACACUUUUUGAAAAA